CCACAGCCGCCCGCCAUGGCAAAGCGCACGAAGAAGGUUGGCAUUGUGGGCAAGUAUGGCACGCGGUACGGCGCGUCCCUGCGUAAGAUGGUGAAGAAAAUCUAGAUCAGCCAGCACGCCAAGUACACGUGCUCCUUCUGCGGCAAGACCAAGAUGAAGAGGAGGGUGGUGGGCAUCUGGCACUGCGGCUCGUGCACGAAGACCGUGGCAGGAGGUGCAUGGACCUACAACACGACCUCGGCUGUCACAGUGAGGUCUGCCAUCCGCCGCCUGCGUGAGCUGAAGGACCAGCGAGGGACCCUUCCCACACUGCUCACACCACCGUCCUAGCACACCAGGGAGAUCACAAUAAAGUGUAUAUGAACCAGCAUCAGUGCCUGUGCGUUUUUUGUUCUGUGCAGUGUGCUCUUCAUUUCUGCAUCAUUGCUCGCGAAUUGGGAAAUGACAAAGCACCAUUGCUGCCACCCCCCCCCCCUCACAUCGCUAAUGCCCACUUAGUGACCAGUGAUGCUGCGUUCAUUCACAUGGUGCCACUUGGGUGAGCUGGUGCAAGGCAUCUCAAGUUGUACUGCAGAGUUGUAUUAAGUGUUGAGGACAUUGGUAAUGAACAAGUAUUUGAAACAUCACAAACCAACACGUUUAGAUUUUGUAGUUUUGUUUAAUAAAGUUAACGUGCAAAA